ACAUCAUUACCUACGCACACACAUACACACACAACACACAGAUACAAUGUUUCGCGUUUCCGCCGUCCGAGGUCUCCAAAGUCAAAUCCGGAUUUGCUUGUAUUAUUUUAGCUCCUGCGGAGCCUUAAUACGGUUCAAUUUACGUCUGUGCAAAUGUUUUGGAAAUUUAAUAUUUAACAUUUAGAUUUCGAGGAUCAUCAUCAUUUCGAGGAUGACUAUUUUCCAAUUUACCUCGUUACAUGUAGGAGUAUGUGUAUAAAAUGAUUGUAAAUUCUGAUAUGAUUGCACUAUCAUAAAAACAAAAUGUUUUGGAAACUGGUUGCUGAGAUUGUUUUACUGUGUAUAAUAAAUAUUUCUCUUGCUUCCAAUUCUUCCAUGAAAGAUAAUAUAUACAAAUGUAAAUUAGGAUCCAAAACUCCAUAUAGAUGUGUAGCUAAUUAUAAUGAUACACCGAUGAAAUACUCAGGUUGUGUAGAAAAGAAAAUCUGGUUGCUUCUACGGCAUGGGACUCGGUAUCCAGGCAAAAAGUACAUACCUCGUAUGCUAGAAGAAUUACCAAAAUUGCAACAUAUAAUAUUAGAAAAUUACGAAAAUGGUAAAACAAGACUGUCAGCUAAUGAUGCAAUAUUGUUCAAAGAAUGGAGACCAAAAUUGACUUUGAAUGAUAUGAUGAAAUUAACAACAGAAGGAGAAAAUGAAAUGAUCAGUCUUGGGGAGAGGUAUCAGGCAAGAUUUCCAUCUCUAAUGCCAGAAAUCUACAGCAAUCAGACCUACAAAUUUAGAUACACAUUGACUCAACGUACAGAGGAGAGCGCAAGACACUUCGCUGCUGGGUUAUUUGGUUGGCGAAGUAGUCAAAACGUUUUGUAUCCAGAACCAGUAUAUAGAGACCCAAUACUAAGAUUUUACAAAGCCUGUCCUCGCUGGCGUCAAGAAGUUGACAAGAAUCCAAAUGCAAUAGUAGAGAAGAGAAAAUUUUUGAAGAGCAAGACUGUUAUUGAUAUGUUAGAUAAUAUUAAAAACUUUAUCGGCCACAGUGUCAAUUAUGAAAGUGCACAUUUAAUGCAUACCAUGUGUGCCUUUGAGACUGCUUGGGAGCAAAAUGUAAUAUCUCCCUGGUGUAAGAUAUUUUCCUUAAAUGAUUUCAAGGUAUUUGAAUUUGCAGAAGAUAUAGAAUAUUAUUGGAUCGAUGGAUAUGGAUAUCGGUUGACUUAUGAGCAAGCAUGUUCUGCCUUAAAAGACAUGUUCGACUUUUUCGCGUCCAAGGAAAGCCCAAUAACAACAGCUUAUUUUACACAUUCUGGAACAAUUCUCAAGUUAUUGGCUUUGCUUGGAGUGGCUAAAGAUACACAUCCUUUGAUGCACGAUUCUUUUGCAUCGCACGAGAAUGAUAAGAGAGAAUGGAAAAGUAGUAUUAUUGAUGUAUUUGCAUCCAACAUCGCAUUCGUUUUAUAUGAUUGCACAUCUCAAGGUCUCAGUAUUUUAUUCAUGUUUCAAGAACGACCGUUGUAUUUGCCAAACUGCCCAAGUGACAUGCCAUGCCCAAUGGCUACUAUGAAGAUGGCAUAUCCUGAUAGCGAUGAGGAAUGUCAAUUUGAUGCUAUGUGCCAUGUGUCAACACAAGAAAAUUGAAUUAAGAAAUACUCCUGUGACAAAUUUUGUACAUUCAUGUAUGCUGUAUUGCUUACUAGAUUUAAGAUCAUUAUACAUUUUCAACAGAAUACAUUCUGUUUGAGGAAAUAAUAUAUUAAAUAUUAUUUAGAAAUUGUGA